UAAAAAAAAAAAAGAAAGAAAGAAACCUUGUCUAAUGCCACAAUUUAGUUUUAGAAAAUUUUCAUCAUUACCACAAGGUCUCUAUCCUUUGUUUACAAUCAAUCCCCGAUUUCACCUUAGGCCACUGAUCUAUCUUCUGUUUUUCUAAAUUUAUAUUUUCUGGACAUUUCAUACAAAUGGAAUCAUCAAAUAUGUGGUCUUUUCUUUGACUUAGAAUGUUUUUGAGGUUCAUUUUGAAGCAUGUAUCAGGUUUUACCCCUUUUUAUUGCUUAGUCCUAGUCCACUGUAUAGUUAUGAUCAGCUAAGGGACAUUUAGAUUUUUACGGUUUUUUUAAGCUAUUAUGAAUAUUUUUGUAGCUGCUAUGAGCAUUUCCAUACAACUCUUGGUGUAGACAUAUAUUUUUGUUUUUCUUGAGAGGAUUUCUUAGAGUGGAAUUGCUGGGUCAUAAGUAAGCUUAUGAUUAACUUUUUAAGAUAUUGCCAAGUUAUUUUCCAAGGUAACUAUAACACUUUACAUUCCCAUUAUGUAUGAGAAUUCUAGUUGCUUUUAUCUGUGGUAGGGGUCACAGUUUUGUUUUUGCAUAUGCAUGUUCAAUUCUCCUGGGUCCAUUUGUUGAAAGGGGCAGGUAGUGCGCGAAGCACAAGCCCAGGGCUGUGUCGCCAGCAGUCACACAGCUUGGGGUUGAGUAGAAUGUGGUAGCUCCAUGGUGAGCAAAGAAAGGAUGGGUUGAUAGCCUGGGUCAUCAGGGAUCCGUUCCUCUUGGAGAGAGUUUGUGCCGGGGCUGGGCGGCUGUGGGCGUACUACGAUUCCCAGGAUGCCCUGCGCGGGCCCGCCCCCUGCGGGGGGCAAAGCCAGGCCGACCUGGAAGCGUGGCUGCGAGCGAAGGGCUGGGACACGGUUUCCGGUACCGAGAUCGAUUGCUCAAGGUUUCGGCCUGCGCGAGGGACUGGCAAACCGAACCGUGAGAAGUACAACCUUCCCACUCAGACGCACCCCCAUCCUCUGGUCCGCCGUCGGCUCCCUUUUCGGAUGGAGAGCCCACACGUUUCUUCCUCGAGUUUCCCGCGAGGACUAACCCUUGAGGACGACCAACCGCAGCAGAGAGUUUUGUCGGCGGGGCCAACCAGAGGCGAGAUGGAGGAGGCGGGGGUGGGAGCCGGCCCCGAGUCCCCGAGAGAGUCCAUUUCUCCCGAAAAGGCCGAUUCGCCUCUGCGGGGGCCCUCAGGGGAGCAAAAGAGUCGCGGGAGGGUGCGGAAGCGCAGGGACCUUUCCCCGCUCGGGUGGGGACCGCGGCGGGACCGGGCUUACCCUUCAGCAGGCCCUUCCAGGUGUCCGGGUCCAGCCUCGGCCACCAUAUUGCACCAGACCCCUCUGAGCUCCUCAGGGCCACACACCAGCUGCCUAGACCUGUGGAGGGAAAAGAAUGACCAGCUAGUUCGACAGGCCAAGGUGGCUCAGGACUCGCGUCUGUAUGUGAGGCGACAGCAGUUGGCUCAGGAUGCACUGGAAGGGUUCAGGGGACUCCUCCAUAGUCUGCAGGGACUCCCUGCGGCUGUUCCUGUUCUCCCCUUGGAAUUGACUGUUACCUGCAAUUUCAUUACCCUGAGGGCAACCCUGGCCCAGGGUUUCACGGAGGACCAGGCACAGGAUAUCCAGAAGGGCCUGGAGAGAGUGCUGGAGACCCAGGAGCAGCUGGGGCCCAGACUGGAAUGUGGGCUUAGGGGGCUGUGGGACUCUGUUCUCCAUUAUUCCUCCCUUCUGCUGGAGCUGCUCCCUGUCCUUCACCAUCUGGCUGGCCUGCAGGCUGCCCUCUGGCUAAGCACUGACCAUCUUGGGGACCUGACCUUGCUAUUGCAGACCUUGAAUGGCAUGCAGAGUGAGGCCUCUGAGAAUCUGCUGCUGCUUCUGAAAACUUGGAGCCCCCCACCUAAGGAAUCAGAUGCUCCACUGACCCUGCAGGAUGCCCGGGGCUUAAGAGAUGUCCUUCUUACAGCUUCUGCCUAUCGCCAAGGCCUCCAGGAGCUGAUCACAGGAAGCCUGCCCAGGGCACUGAGCAGUCUGCAAGAAGCAGCCUCAGGUCUGUGCUCACGGCCUGUGUUGGUCCAGGUGUACACGGCCCUGGGGACCUGUCUCCAUAAGAUGGGCAAUCCACAAAGAGCUCUGCUGUACUUGGUUGCAGCCCUGAAAGAGGGAUCAACCUGGGGUCUUCCGCUUCUGGAAGCCUCCAGGCUAUAUCGGCAACUGGGGAACACAGCAGCAGAGCUGGAGAGUCUGGAGCUGUUGGUUGAGGCCUUGAAUGUUACUCACAGUUCUGAAGCCCCCCAGCUUCUCAUUGAAGUAGAGUUACUACUCCCCCAACCUCACCCAGGCUCACCCCUUCAUUGUGGCACACAGAGCCAGGCCAAGUACCUGCUAGCAAGCCGAUGCUUACAGGUAGGAAGGGCUGAGGACGCUGCAGAGCAUUACUUGGACCUGCUGGCUCUGUUGCUGGAUGACUCAGAGCCAAAGUUCUCCCCACCUCCUACCCACCCAGGGCCCUGUAUGCCUGAGGUGUUCUUAGAGGCAGCAGCAGCGCUGAUCCAGGCAGGCCGAGCCCAGGAUGCCUUGACUGUAUGUGAGGAGCUGCUCAGCCGCACGUCAUCUCUGCUUCCCAAGAUGCCCCAGCUGUGGGAAGAUGAUAAAAAAGGAACAAAGAAGUCACCACACUGCCCAUCCUGGGUUUCUGCCACCUACCUGCUUCAGGGUCAAGCCUGGGUGCAGCUGGGGGCCCAAAAAGAGGCAAUUAGUGAAUUUAGCCGGUGCCUUGAGCUGCUUUUCCGGACCACACCUAAGGACAAAGAACAAGGGCCUGCUUCCAACGGUGAGCAGGGGUGUAUGUCAGAUGUGGCACUACCACAGCUUCGGGCAGCUGCCCUGAUUAGUCGUGGACUGCAAUGGGUAGCCAGUGGCCAAGACACCAGAGCCCUACAGGACUUCCUCCUUGGUGUGCAGAUGUGCCCAGACACAAAGAUCAUAACUGCGCUGGGAGUAUGCUGGGGAGAAGCAAGAGAGAGAGAGAGAGGCAGAGACACAGGCAGAGGGAGAAGCAGGCUCCAUGCACUGGGAGCCCGACGUGGGAUUCGAUCCCGGGUCUCCAGGAUCAUGCCCUGGGCCAAAGGCAGGAGCCAAACCGCUGCACCACCCAGGGAUCCCUACCCUCUGGUUCUAUGUGUGACUGUAGAAAAGAUACUUCCCUCCUCUAGGCCUCAGUUGCUCCUUUUAUAAAAUGAUGCUUAAGGCUGUGUCAAGUUCUUUUUUUUUUUCCUUUUUUUAAUAUUUUACUUAUUUGAGAGAGAGAUAGUGAGAGAGAGCACAAGCAGGAAGGAAAGGGAGAAGCAGGCUCCCUGCUAAGCAGGGAACCCCAUGAGGGGCUUGAUCCCAGGACUCUGAGAUCAUGACCUGAAAAGCUGUGUCAAGUUCUAAGCCUCUACCCUGGGGUGGGGCUACAGGUAAUCAAGAUGCUUCAUUUCACCUGCUUCAGACUCUGAGGAGGAUGGAUCGGAGGGAUGAGGCCACUGCUCUCUGGUGGAGGCUAGAGGCCCAAACUAAGUUGCCACAGGAGA